AUGUGGGGAUUCCUCUGCCUGCCUGUCUGAACACGGCGCGCUGGGAUGUGCCGUGGGCAAGAGACAGAAGAGACAGAAAACAGGGAAAAGGAAAGCAGAGAGGGUUUAUAGAGGCAGAGAGAGUGAUAAACUGAGCGUCACGCAGGUUUAAAGAGGGACGGCACACAUUUCAGGAUGGACACCAUGAUGCUGCAGGAGAAACUGGUGGAGAAACUUUUGUGUCCCCGAACCAGAACCACCCGACAGAAGGACAAGCAGUAUGUUGGCUUCGCUACGCUUCCUAAUCAGGUUCACAGGAAGUCGGUGAAGAAGGGCUUCGACUUCACUCUGAUGGUGGCAGGUGAAUCUGGAUUGGGAAAGUCUACUCUAGUUAACAGUCUCUUCCUCACAGAUCUCUAUAAAGACAGAAAAUUACUAAACGCUGAAGAGCGUAUUAAUCAGACGGUUGAGAUCACCAAACACACGGUUGACAUCGAGGAGAAAGGAGUCAAACUCAAACUCACCAUUGUGGACACGCCGGGGUUUGGAGACGCAGUCAAUAACAAUGAAUGUUGGAAGCCCAUCACAGACUACAUCGACCAGCAGUUUGAGCAGUACUUCAGAGAUGAAAGUGGGCUGAACAGAAAGAACAUACUAGACAACAGAGUGCACUGCUGCCUGUACUUCAUCCCGCCGUUUGGACAUGGUUUGCGGCCGGUGGAUGUUGAGUUCAUGAAGGCUCUGCAUGAGAAAGUGAACAUCAUUCCUCUGAUCUCUAAAGCGGACUGUCUCACUCCUAAUGAGGUCAAAAAGCUCAAGGACAGGGUGCGAGAUGAGAUCGAGCGCUUCGGGAUUAAAGUUUAUCAGUUUCCUGAGUGUGACUCUGAUGAGGAGGAGGAGUUCAAACAGAUGGACAAAGAGCUGAAGGAGUGCACUCCGUUUGCUGUCAUUGGCAGUAAUACAGUGGUGGAAGCCAGAGGUCAAAGAGUCAGAGGUCGUCUUUACCCUUGGGGUAUUGUGGAAGUGGAGAAUCAGUCUCACUGCGACUUUGUGAAACUGAGGAACAUGCUGAUUCGCUCUCACAUGCACGACCUGAAAGACGUGACGUGCGACGUGCACUAUGAAAACUACAGAGCCCACUGCAUCCAGGAGAUGACUAGUAAACUUGCACAGGAUAACCGUACAGACAGUCCACUACCCAUCCUGCCUCUGCCGACACCAGAUGUGGAGACGGAGAGACUCAUUAAGAUGAAGGAUGAAGAGCUGAAGAGAAUGCAGGAGAUGCUGGAAAAGAUGCAACAACAGAUGCAUGAAAAAGACCAGUGAUGCUGAUACACACACACACACACACACACACACACACACACACUACAGCCCUCACAGCAGCCCUCAGAUGUGAAUGCAUUUAAACGUUGUUAUACUGUACAAAUAUCAUAUCUACAGGUCUGACCCUCAGAUCCGCUCUGUUCAUCUGCUCGGUGCUUCUGUCUGCCUGGAUCGAAUACAGUGCCGCUGUCAUGUGAUUCAUCAUGAACGUACAUAAACCAAUCUAACUUAAAUUCACUUCUGAAGGUGUCUAAUUUAUAUCGACUUUUUAUUUGCUUAGAGUAAGACGAAUGUGCGUGUGAGUACUGAAACAGUGCAGGGGUUCGUGGACGUGUGUGCGUGUGCAUUUUGGAGAGACAGUGACGUCCUUUUGCAAUGAAUUUAUUGGCGCUUUUGAUUUUUCUAGUGAAUGUGAACAUACAGUACGGCUACAGUAACUGUUACCAAUAAACAUCCUCAGUUCAGAUGGCUGGUUUUUGCUUGUUUUCUAACAAUAAUAAUCAGAAUAAAAUCUAUUCCGUUAUUAUGAGUGUUAACGGCCUUUAAUAAUUUAAUAAUUUAUAUUAUUAUGUCAAUUGUUUAUGUAAAUCUUGAAGUAAAGCUUGCUAAUAAAUGUGAAUAAUUUAA